CUUGGAGCAACUUACAAAUCGCGCGAUCCAAUCAAAACCGUCGAGGCGUCCAGGUCUUCAAACUGGCGGCGACCAUCAUCAGAGUUCUGCUCAGCCUGAGCAAGUCUGCUGCUCAACCCGUUGCUAUCAGAUUCAUAGUAGGUAUCAAGAGCAAACCUCCUCCUGAUCCGAGUCCAGCAGUUAAAGAGCGACAGCUAGUGAAAGGAGGCUGCUGGGUUGGCCAUUCAGAGCAUCUUAAUGUGUCCAAUUGGGUGCAGCUCUGUGCAAGCAAGUUGCAAAGAUACAUCGUUGACGGUCUCUCACUUGCGUAGUGUGCCUGCACAUCCCUAAGGACUCUUUCAAGGUGGUGGGACACGAUGGCGCGUCGGUAUGAUUCAAGGACGACAAUCUUUUCACCUGAGGGGCGCCUGUAUCAGGUAGAGUAUGCCAUGGAGGCCAUCCAGCAUGCUGGCGCCGCCGUGGGCAUCCUCGCCACCGACGCGGUGAUCCUAGCGGCGGAGAAGAAGAUCACGAGCAAGCUGCUGGAGACGUCCAAAGCGAGCGAGAAGAUGUAUAAGAUCGACGACCACAUCGCGAGCGCGGUUGCGGGGAUCACGGCGGACGCCAAUAUCCUGAUCAAUACUGCACGGCUUGCGGCGCAGCGAUACACGUUCUCUUACGGGGAGCCGAUGCCGGUGGAGCAACUGGUGCAGUCGCUGUGCGACACCAAACAGGGGUACACGCAGUUUGGCGGCCUGCGCCCGUUCGGCGUGUCGUUCCUCUUCGCGGGGUGGGACAAGCACUUCGGCUUCCAGCUGUACCAGAGCGACCCGAGCGGCAACUACGGCGGCUGGAAGGCGACCGCGAUCGGGUCCAACAGUCAGGCCGCGCAGUCUAUCCUUAAGCAGGAUUACAAGGACGACAUCGACUCGGAGGCCGCCGUGCAGCUAGCACUGAAAGUGUUGAGUAAGACGAUGGAUAGUACAACACUUUCGCAUGAAAAGUUGGAGCUAGCAAAGGUCUCGGUAGCAAAGACGGGCGAGGUGGUGAUCAAGGUUUACCAACCGGAUGAGCUAGACGCACUUUUGAAGCUACAUAAGAUAGUCAUUGAAAAGCCAGCGGACACGUGAUCUGCCUGCCUUUGGAACGCGGAAACUUCAAGCCCCGAAACGUGAUGUUAACCUGAUUGGUUUUCUCUAGCCGCCAUUCAAGACAAGCCAUUUGAGUUCGGCCCCGCCGAUUGUCCAUGCAGCAAAUUAAGAAGUGCAAGCCGGCCAAUGACGCAGUUUUGGACCUCUCUUAGCUCGCAACCCUA